AUGAAUGCGCCCUCUACGCUCCAGCAACGAUCCCAAUGCGUGCGCGCCAUCGCUGCCAGCGCCAGCCUCGCGGAGCUGCGAGCAAUCCACGCUCGGAUCCAUCGCCCGGAUCUCUUCGUCCUCAACAAGCUCAUCCAGGCCUACGCCAGCCACGGCAGCCCGCUCGAUGCCGCGGCGGUCUUCGCACGAAUCGAUCCGCGAGACCGGGAUUGCUUCUCGUGGGCGCUGAUGAUCUCGUGCUACGCUCGCAAUGCGCUCUUCGCCGAGGCCAAGACGAUCUUCGACGGGAUGCCCGAGUGGAACAUGGUGGCGCUAAACUCGAUGCUUGCAGCACAUGCCCAAACAGGGCAUUUUCUGCAAACCAAUGAGUUCUUCGCUCGAAUGCCAGGCAAAGAUCUCAUUUCAUGGACCACGAUCCUGAAUCUCUACGCGCAAAAGGAGAGAUCUACGCAAGUCAAACAGAUUUUCAAUACAAUGCCGCUCGUGAAUCUCGUCUCCUGGACUGUGAUGCUCCAUGCAUAUGCCCAAAGCGGGCAUUUUGGGAAAGCUCAAGAACUCUACUCGCAAAUGCCGCAACACGAUGUUGUAUCUUCCUCCCUGAUCCUGGGAGCUUCUCCCAAUCCCGACGCUGCGAGAGAGAUCUUCGACGCAAUGCCGAUCCACAACACCGUCUCCUGGACGGCGAUGCUCGCGCGCUACGCCCACAGCGGCCAAAUCGCCAGAGCCGAGGAGAUCUUCCACUCGGUGAUGCGCGAGCGCGACCUCGUCGCCUGGAACGCGAUGCUCUGCGCCUACGCCAGCGCCGGAAACACGCCCAAAUCGAUCGAGACCUUCGCCGCGAUGCCCUUCUCGAGCCUCGUCUCGUGGAACGCGAUGAUCGCCGCGCACGCCCAAUCCGGCCAGAUCGAGGAAGCAAAGUGCCUGUUCGAUCGCCUGCCGGAGAAGGAUCUCAUCUCCUGGAGCUCGCUCCUGGCGGGAUUUGCCAGAGCCGGAGACACCGAUCUAUGCCAGAGAUUCUUCGACACCGCGCCGGAGCGAGACACCAUUGCCUGGAACUCCCUCCUCCUCGCCUACGCGCGCGCCUGCGAUCUCCCGGCGGCCACCAAGAUCUUCGACUCGAUCCCGGAGAGAGAUCUCAUCUCCUGGAACGAGCUCCUCCUCGCAUUCGCUCAGAGAGGGCAUUUGCACCAAGCGCGAGAUCUCUUCUCGCAAAUGCCGGAGAGAAGCAUCGCUUCCUGGGGGACGAUGCUCGCGGCCUACGCCCAAACCGGGCACCACAGCGAUCACGUCCUCGCCCUCUUCUUCGAUCUAAACCUCGAAUCCCUCCCCCCGGACGAGACCUCGCUCGCAUCGCUGCUCAUCGCUUGCGGGCAUCUGGGCGAUCCCGAGGUGGGCGGCGCGCGAUUCCGCUCCAUCGCCACCGAUUUCGCGAUCACGCCCACCAAGCAGCACUACUGCUGCGUCGUGGAUCUCCUCUGCCGCGCGGGGCAUCUGGCCAGCGCCAGGGAUCUCAUCAAAGCAAUGCCCUUUGCGCCCGAUCUGUGGGAGUGGUCGUGCUUUCUGGCGGCGUGCCGGAGCCAGGACGAUCUUGGCAGCGUUGUCGCGGCGGCAAAUCGCGUUCUUGGGCGAGACCCCCGCGCCUACGUCUUGGUCGCGAACGUAUACUCGCAAAGAAUCCCCCGCGAAGAACACUCGCAAAGAACACCGCGAGAAUGGAAGAAUCCCCAGCGAAGAACACGCGAAAAAUUAAUCUCCAUUUCGGGCAAGUCUCGCGGAUAA